AUGGCGACCCUGCUGCCCUGGAAUUUCUUUAUCACGCCGUUCGCAUAUUGGAUGACGAAACUGCAACGUUCCGAUUGGAAAAACCAAACCUCUCCUGACACGAUGAGCCUCACAUUGACCAACAUCUCAAUCGAGCUGGGCAAGAAUCAAAACUUACGAAUCGGAAGUGGGGCGGCUCCUCCCGCGACGGAAGACAACUGCACCAAUGACUGGGAGUUUAACCCGCUUCAAAAGUUCUGGAGCUCGACACUUGCCAUUUCGACGAUGGGAACGAAUCUGAUCUUCUGCUUCUUGACGACAAUCUUAGCAAAGAAGAUUCCUAGAAAGACGCGAUUCUUAGGUUGCCUUCUUGGAUAUGUUCUGUGCUUGAGCGCUACGCUGGCAAUGGUGCGAAUCAAUUUCGAGGAUAAAAUACCAGUCUUCUUUGGAACUACGAUGGGCAUUGUCGUUUUGAUUACAAUUUGCUGCGCAGUUUUCCAGACGUCUCUUUUUGGCCUUGCUUCUGAGUUCCCGAUGGACUUGGGCAUCAUGGGCGCUGUGAUGGGCGGCCAAGGCUGCGGUGGAAUUUUCGCCUGCGUGGUCAACUUGCUUACCUUAGGCCUCUUCGACGAUCCACUGGAGUCUGCUUUCAUUUUCUUUUUGCUGGCGAUUGUGUUCACCCUCUUUGGCAUUUUCAUGUUUCUGCGAAUAAUUCGCCACCCACUCUACAUUCAACACGUUCACGAUGGCGAUCAGAAAAGCAUGGACAGCAAUGCAGAAAAUGUCGAAAACGAAGCGAUGCUGAGCGAUGCGAAUAUCACCUUUGGCGACUUUGUGAAGACAACUUUGUGGCCCUACAUGCUUUCCGUGUUCCUCUGCUUCGUCGUCACAUUAGGGCUCUUCCCCGCCGUCGCAGCUUUCGUCCAGCCCAUCAAUUACGAUUGCAAUAAUGUCUACCACACGAAGUGGUUCCAGCCCAUCUGGUGUUUCACUCUCUUCAACGUCGGCGACACCAUAGGCCGAGUCUCUGCCUCCAAAGUGCCUUUUCCUAAGCCACAAGAGUCGAUGAAACUGCUCACCGCUUCUAUCGUCCGAUUCGGCUUCGUCUUCCUUCUUCCCCUAUGUAACAUCGUAACAGCCGAUCGAAGCACCAGCAUCGUCUUCUACUCCGACUGGGUUUAUAUAAUCAUCAUGGCUGCAAUGUCCCUCUCCGGUGGAAUCAUCUCAACUCAAGCUAUGUCUUUUGCCUCGCAAAUCGCGCCAAGACAUUUGAGCGACGAUGUUGGUAACACGAUGGGAACCUCGCUCGUUGCUGGUCUUUGUGGUGGAGCUGCCUUUUCAUUCCUCAUUCUUUUCGUCAUGUGA